CUCCCCAUGAAUCAUGAGUCUUCUUGGAAUGCUUGGCAUUGAGGAACUCCUGUGGCUGUAAGCCCAUCCAUUAUUGUCGAGGCGGUUCAUGGCUCGAGGGUUUUUCUCGUGGAAUGUUCCCCGUUUGUAAACAGCGAGGGCUAUAUGAAGCAAGGCAUGGGGCCAAAUCCCGGUGCUCAAGCCUUCGUGUCUUCUAUCUAUUCCUCAAAAUGCCUUGGUCGCUGAAGAAAUCUCUGAACUUGAUUGGUCGUGGCCAGGAGCCGCUUUCAUUCUCUCUUGCUUCUAGCCCUAUUCUUUGCAAAAGUACAUCGUGUGUGACAGAUCUCAAUACCAAAUUCAUCUUGUCAGAUCGCACCGAAGAAGAAGCUCGUUGGUUUCAAUUUGAGCAUGAUCGCAAUUCGGAAGAGUGUAUGAAGGAGCAGGCUGAGUUGUGUCUUCCGUGCUGCCACCAUACACAAGACAACCACCCCGGAAUGAAUGAUGGUCCUUUGGACGAAAAGGCCCGGCAUGCUCUGGAAGCAUAUUCAAACCCUUUUGAUGAAUAUCGUUUCCUAAAACGGAGGUUGUCGACGUUGACGCAUUCUCCGCGAAGUGAUGAGGCUGCAUAGCUCUAUUCCUUCCUCGACAGGCGCUGUUUUGAGAACGAACUCGACGGUGAUGGGGUGGUCUCUACAACUAUGCACAGGAUCUCUGGAGGUGGAUGACAAGGAGGUUUGAAGAGAAGCAUGUGAGGAGGAUAUUAUACAUACUGAAAAUUCUUGCAUACUAUACCUACAUGAAAGCAUCAGUGUCACUUCUUUCUUGUUGUCGCAUUCAUGCAAGGAGUUUGGGAUAUGAAAGGUCGAGC